AUGAUGGCGCAUGCAAGCUUUCCGUCCACAUUGCCUUCGGCAGACAUGGUCACCGUGCCGGAAACGUCAAACGCUGCAGCGCAAUUCUUCGGGAUCUACGAGAUGGUCGAGCAAGUCAUGCAAUACAUGGAGCCUGCGCAUAUUCUACGGAGCCAGAAAGUAUCGCGCACGUUCCGAGAGGUUGUUCGGUCCAGUCCUCGCGUACAAACAGCCGCGUACCUGAGACCGCCAAUUGAUGCCAGGAGGCCCAUCUGGCAAGUGGUAUAUCGAGGAAGUCAGCCGUUCAAGAUCAUAUAUCACCCAUGCCGAAGCACAUAUCGGAAAACCAUGGAUCGUUCAAUGGCGGAGAGAGUCACGAGCGGACCCAUGCGCCACAUCGACUACACCGGCGAGAAUGGCCAGUUGAACAUAUCUCCUGCCCAGCCAAAUCCGAGCAUUCUGAGGUUCUCCAAGCCUCUCAUGACCGACGUCACUCUUUGCGGCUGCCCGACCUGCAUAAUGUCGGAGGACGUGGGCUGGCGCUUCCGAGAAGGCGAGAACGACCGACAACCACGGAUCAUGACUACCACUUUUCCCAGCAUCCCGCUGCAAGACCUGGUAGCUAAGAACAGUUCGUGCCUGGGCAUGUUCCUGAGCUCGCCACCAAUCACACGCGCCACAAUCAUCCUCGCACUAACAGGCCCAGAGACUAUCAAGGGAGUAUUCCCGACCUGCAGACACCACAUGGCAAGACCCGGUGGAAUCACGGUGCGGCAUCUCCUUGAAGCUGCAGAGCGCCGUGGUCCGAAGCUGGUGAUUCACUCGAUAUGGCCGCACGGCGAUUACUGCUGGGCCACAGAGCAGACGCAGGAGCGGGUUCGGCUGUGGGAAGUCGGAGCGCCAUGCAAGAAAGUCCUGAGAGACAAAGCGAUGAGUGAGCAGGAGGUCAAAGAGCAAGAAGUCCGAAAGCAGGAGCUCAAGCAAGAAGAAGUCAAAGCGCAGGAGGUCAAAGAAAAGGCACUCGCGACGAAAGAACUCGAGCAGCGAGAGGCCAAAGCGAAGAGAGUCAAGGAAGCCGAGCGUAGAGAUCGAAAGCUGAAAGAAGCUGAGUUCAAAGCCAACAUUAUGAGGAACCAGGAGAGCGAUCAAAUCAGCGAAGCUAAAAAGAGUUGUCAUCGACCUACGGCGCCGCAUACUCUCGCAAAGUGCCUGAUCUCCGACGAAGGCAGGGUGAAGGCCAAGCCAACUCAGAGCAGUGAUUGGAGAGGAUUUACAUUUGGAGCGUGA